AGUUAUCUGCCCCUGAAACCGGACGUUGUCAAGCGAUUGUGAAAACAUGAACACGUGUUUGCUGAAACUUCAGAUUUGCUCUGUUCGGGGCUGACAUCGUAAUAAUCAUUUCCACUCAAAAAGAACAUUAGAUAUGCCGAAAGUUAAACAAGACAAGAAAAGCCGUCAGCACCAACAAAUUCAAAAACAAGGCAUCACCUUCAAGCAUGACUUCGGCCAGCACAUCCUCAAGAACCCUCUGGUUGUUGUCAGCAUGGUGGAGAAGGCUGCGCUGCGGCCGACAGAUGUGGUCCUGGAGGUCGGUCCUGGUACGGGCAACAUGACGGUCAAGCUGCUGGAGAAGGUCAAGAAGGUGGUGGCCUGUGAGAUUGACCCCCGUCUGGUGGCGGAGCUGCACAAGAGAGUUCAAGGAACCCCCCAGGCCAGUAAGCUGCAGGUAAUGGUGGGGGACGUCCUCAAGACAGAGCUGCCCUUCUUUGACAUCUGUGUGGCCAAUCUCCCAUACCAGAUUUCAUCUCCCUUUGUCUUCAAAUUACUUCUGCACAGACCUUUCUUCAGAUGUGCUGUGCUGAUGUUUCAGAGAGAGUUUGCCCAGAGACUGGUGGCAAAGCCUGGGGACAAACUCUACUGUCGGCUGUCUGUGAACACACAGCUUCUGGCCCGGGUUGACAACCUGAUGAAGGUUGGCAAGAACAACUUUCGACCACCCCCCAAAGUUGAGUCCAGCGUCGUCAGGAUAGAGCCACGGAACCCUCCCCCUCCCAUAAACUUCAAGGAGUGGGAUGGCCUGGUGAGAAUUUGCUUUGCGAGGAAAAACAAGACUAUAGGAGCUGCCUUCAAAUUCACCAAAGUAUUGAAUCUGAUGGAGAAGAACUACAAGAUUCAUUGUUCUGUCAAUAACAUAACAAUACCUGCAGAUUUUGACAUCAAGGAAAAAGUAGUGAAGAUUCUUGAAGAGACCAGCUUUGACAAGAAGCGAGCCCGCACAAUGGAUAUUGAUGACUUCCUGGCGCUGUUGAACAGUUUCAACAAGGACGGCUUCCAUUUCUCCUGAUGCAAGAUGUGGUUCCAGUAUUGUCUGAUGCAGUGUGGGAACUUUCGAUGGACAACAGGCAGUGGGCUCUUCAUGGACAGUGAAGCUUCAUUUGUAUGUUUCUGUGAACACUGAACAUCUCUGUAAAAGGCGAUUAUGCUUGUCAUAAGAGGCGACUAACGGGAUUAGAUGGUCAGACUCGCUGACUUGGUUGAUGCAUGUCAUCGAUCCCAAUUGCGUGGAUCAAUGCUCAUGAUAUUAAUCACUGGAUUGUCUAUCAAUCACUGGAUUGGCUAGUACAGACUCGAUAAUUUACAGACCUCUGCAUAUGGCUGGAAUAUUGCUGAGUGCGGCGUAAACAACAAACCAACUGUGACAUCUGAAUGCAUGAAUGCCAGUUGUACAGUACACAUCGUCAUGAGCUGGAACACUCUGAAGUCUGUCAUGAAGCUUGUGUCAAGGAAUCUCAGACACUGAAUAUCGUGGAACACUAUUGACUGCCAACAGUGGUGGCUGUCAGUCUGACCGGUAUUACAUUAGUGCCAAUACCUUGAGCUACAGUGUGUGUACUGUAUCGUGACGUAUAUCAGCAGCAUGUCAUAUGGUAUGAAUGAAUUUUAUACUAUUUGCUGACAGUGUGUAUAUAUGUGUGUGCAGGAGUUCUCGAGCCAUUGUAUAUUUAAAAAGUUUUCAGAACAUGAUGGGUGACGAAUGACUACAAGAAUUGUUAAAAAAAGACACGAAGCCUGUAAAUCGAUUCUAUAAACACUUGUUUAUUUGGUCAGUGCCAGAAAAUAAAUAUGUAUGUACA